ACAGCGGUGCUGGAGCGCUUUUUAAAAGCGCCUGGGGUGACAUGAACCCAUUGAGAAGUAAACUGGCCAUCGACAACUUGAAGACCUAGUCGUGCACUGCUAACAUGGGCUUCCUCAGUGCGGCCAUCCUCUCAGCCGCCGCCCUGGCGUCGCUGGCGGCCGCCGCCAGCAUUCCCCACAGCAAUGUGAAGCGUCAAGUCUCGCAGCUCCGGAGCAAGUAUGACUUUGUCAUCGUUGGCGCAGGCACGAGUGGCCUCACCGUGGCCGACAGGCUAUCGGCGGCCUUUCCAAACAAAACGGUGCUCGUCAUCGAGUAUGGCGAUAUUCAUUUCGCCCCUGGAGUCUUUGACCCGCCAACCAACUGGAUGGAGGCUAUCCCCAACCCCGUCCCUUCAUGGAGCUUCUUCUCCCUCCCCAACCCGGAUAUGGGAAACCAGACAGCGUUCGUCAUGGCUGGCCAAGUGGUCGGCGGCAGCAGUGCGAGCAACGGCCAGUUCUUUGACCGUGGCUCGCGCUUCGAUUACGACGCUUGGCUCGACGUCGGCGGCCUGGAGUUUGCGGGGAAGAGUAUCAAGUGGAAUUGGAACGGCAUAUUUCCCUACUUCAAGAAAAGUGUGACGUUUACCGAGCCGCCACCAGCCGUCGCCCAGCAGUACAACUACACGUGGGAUGUGAGCGCAUAUGGGGGCACUACCCCGAUCUACUCCACCUUCGCGGCUUUCCAAUGGGCGGAUCAGCCUGUUCUUAAGAAAGCGUGGAAGGAGAUGGGCAUCAACUCCCAAGGGGAGUGUGCUGGUGGAGACAAGGAGGGAAUCUGCUGGGUACCUGCGUCGCAGGACCCCCUGACGGGAAGGAGGUCGCAUGCCGGGCUCGGCCACCACGCCGACGUGGUCCCAAGGUCCAACUACGAUCUCCUCGUCAAGCAUCAGGUUGUCCGUGUGGCGUACCCUAAGGGGCCGAAGUAUGGCCCUCCGCUCGUCGAGGUCCGCUCCCUUGUUGACAACCAUCUCUUCAACGUGACGGUCAAAGGCGAGGUCGUCAUCUCGGCCGGAGCCUUCCACACGCCAACCGUGCUCCAGCGCAGCGGCAUUGGUCCGGCCUCAUUUCUCGCCAGCGCCGGAAUCCCGCUCGUUCUCGACUUGCCCGGCGUCGGCUCCAAUCUUCAAGACCACGGCGGCCCGUCCGUCACCUGGAACUACAGCCAGCCCUACUCCUUCUACCCACUCCCGGCCGACCUCGCCAACAACGCCACCUUCAAAUCCGAAGCCAUUGCCGCCUUCGACGACACCCCCUCUCACGGACCCUACACCAUCGCCAUGGGCAACAGCGCCAUCUACGUCUCCCUCCCGCACAUGACGCCCAACUCGCAAGCUAUCAUCAACCGCAUCCGGCAGAUCGCCACCACCCCAGGCGCCGCCGCCUCCUACCUGCCGCCCGACAUCCGCUCCUCCCCAGUCAUGGUCGCGGGCUACAUCGCCCAGCUGCUCACGCUAGCCAACGCCUUCUCCAACCCGGCCUUCCCCAGCCUUGAAACGCCCUGGGCCACGUCGGUCGCGCCCGCCUCGGCCGUGUCCUUUUUGCUCCACCCGCUCAGCAGGGGCACAGUCCGCCUGAAUCUGACCGAUCACGUCGCGCAGCCGGUGCUGGAUUACCGCGCGGGUUCGAACCCGGUGGACAUCGACAUCCAACUGGCGCAGGUGCGGUUUCUGCGGAGGUUGCUCGCCACGCCGACGAUGCAGGGAUAUGGCGCGAGCGAGAUUGCGCCGGGGGCGGAUGUCGCGGCGGAUGAUGCGCUGCUGGCUGAGUAUGUGAGAAGGCAGAGCAUCCUGUCGUUUCAGCACCCUUGCUGUACGGCGGCUAUGUUGCCCAAGGGGAGGGGUGGUGUGGUGGGGGUUGAUUUGAAAGUGCAUGGCGCUGCUGGCCUGAGGGUGGCUGAUUUGAGCAUUGCGCCGUUGUUGGUCGGGAGUCAUACUAGUUCGACGGCCUAUGCGAUUGGGGAGAAGGUGAGUUUCUGAUCCUCGGGUGGUGUGGAGGGUGGUUAGAGACGUUAAACUGACCGGGUUGCUGACCAUGAUGAACAGGCGGCGGAUAUCAUUAUUCAGGCAUGGUCGUAACGGCAAGGUAUUCAGGCAGCCGCCUGGGCUUGGUUGGAGUUGUUCAUGUUUCU